AUUAGACAUUGUUAAAUAAUAAAACUAAUAUAAGCCUUAUUGAUUAUGCCAAGUUUGAAAAAAAUAUCUGGUCAGUCAGUGUAAAGAGUUUGUGGAGGUCCAAGUAUUUUUGCAAGAGUGUUAUGCUCUGGUCCCCUCCCUGCUCGUCGUGGUGACGAGGUUUAUAGUAGAUUAGUGUCACUGAAUGGCUGGAUGUCUGAGUGGUGUCUGCAGAAUAAAAUAGGAUUUAUAGACAAUUGGAAAAGUUUUUGGGGUAGACCUGACCUGCUAAAGAGAGACGGACUCCAACCCUCCAGGGAAGGUGCCGCUCUCCUCUCUAGUAAUUUGGCUCAUAGACUUAAUAAUGAUAUUAAUUGACUAAAUGGGGCCCAGGUCAGGAAGCAGACAAACUGGUUAAUCCGAACGUCUGCUAGCUGCCAUGAGACGUCACACAGGUCACAUAAACUACAACACAUAGAGACUGUAUCACCUAGAGAUCUCAUAGAGACUGUGUCUGUUCCCCGAACUACCAAACACAAUACUCUCACUAAAUCAUUUAGAAAAAAUUUGAUUAAGGUCAAACUUGAACAAAACAAACAAAUUAAAAAUAAACAUCAUAUAAAAUAGGGCUACUAAACAUUAGAUCUCUUGCUACCAAAGCACUAAUUGUCAAUUAAAUGAUUACAGAUCAUAGAUUGGAUGCGCUCUGUUUGACUGAAACCUGGCUUAAACCGGAUGAAUAUAUUAGUUUAAAUGAAUCUACUCCCCCAGGUUAUUGUUAUAAACAUGAACCUCGUCUGAAGGGUCGAGGAGGAGGUGUUGCUACAAUUUACAGUGAAGUUUUUGGUGUUACUCAGAGGACAGGAUAUAAAUGUAAGUCUUUUGAACUAAUAAUGCUUAAUGUGACACCGUCAAAUACAAAUAAAAAAUCUCUGUCGUCCUUUACCCUUUCUACAGUGUAUAGAUCACCCGGGCCUUAUUCUGAUUUCCUUAGUGAAUUUGCAAAUUUUUUAUCAGAUCUUGUAGUUACUGUAGAUAGAGCCUUAAUUGUUGGUGACUUCAACAUUCACAUACAUAAUGAAAAUGAUACAUUGGGAUUAGCAUUUAUCGAUAUUCUCAACUCUCUUGGAGUCAGACAAAAUGUAACAGGACCAACUCAUCGCCAUAAUCAUACGCUAGAUUUAAUUCUUUCAUAUGGAGUUGAUGUUGAUAAUAUAGAAAUUCUGCAGCAGAGCGAUGACAUCUCGGAUCAUUACCUCGUGUCUUGCAUGCUGCAAUCAGCUAAUGUUACUCAAUCUACACCACGCUAUCGUUCAGGUAGAACUAUUCUUUCGACCACUAAAGAUGACUUCACUAAUACACUUCCAGAUCUAUCUCAUAUACUCAGUAAACCCCAAAGCCCAGAAGAACUUGAUGAAAUAACAAAAAAUUUAAAUGCAGUCUUCUCUAGCACCCUUGAUGUUGUCGCCCCACUUCGAUUAAAGAAAAUUAAAGAAAUAAGCCCUGCACCAUGGUACAAUGAUCACACUCAUGCUCUCAAGAGAGCAGCUCGGAAAAUGGAGCUAUGUGGAAAAAUACAAAAUUAGAAGUAUUUCAGGGUGCAUGGAAGGAUAGUGUCUGUAGCUACAAACACGCACUCAAAGCUGCCAGGUCAGCAUAUUUUAGUAAACUCAUAGAAAAUAACCACAACAAUCCUAGAUGUUUAUUCAGUACUAUGGCUAAAUUGGUUAGGAAUAAAGCCUCAACCGAACCAGAUAUUACGUCACAGCUCAAGAGUAAUGACUUCAUGAAUUUCUUUACAGAUAAAAUUGAAAUAAUCAGAAAUAAAAUUGGAAUUAUGCAAUCAUCUGUCAUAGCACCUCAGAAAACAGUGUUGAAUAAUUUCCCUCAUGUGCAACUUCAAUCCUUCGCUAUCAUAGGUCAUGAAGAGCUAACAAAACUUAUCGAAACAUCAAAAGCCACAACUUGUUUGUUAGAUCCUAUACCAACUAAGUUCUUAAAAGAGGUAUCUCCUGUAAUAUCAGAACCUCUUCUUAAUAUCAUUAACUCCUCGCUAUGCUUAGGACAUGUCCCAAGAAACUUUAAAAUGGCAAUUAUCAAACCGCUAAUUAAGAAGCCACAACUUGAUCCUGGAGAACUUGCUAAUUAUAGACUGAUUUCAAAUCUCCCGUUUAUGUCAAAAAUACUAGAAAAUGUAGUAUCCUCCCAAAUAUGUUCAUUUCUACAGAGAAAUAGUAUAUAUGAAGAAUUUCAAUCAGGAUUUAGGCCUCAUCACAGUACAGAGACUGCACUUAUCAGAGUUACAAAUGACUUGCUCUUAUCAUCUGAUCGCGGCUGCAUUUCUCUUCUAGUGCUUUUAGAUAUUAGUGCUGCAUUCGACACAAUAGAUCACGACAUUCUCUUGAAUAGGCUAGAGAAUUAUGUUGGAAUUUGUGGAGUGGCAUUAGCAUGGUUUAGGUCAUAUUUAGCAGACCGCUACCACUUUGUCUAUUUAAAUGAAGAAUUGUCAAACCAAACAAAAGUAAAGUAUGGAGUGCCACAGGGAUCAGUUUUAGGGCCUCUGCUUUUCUCUAUGUAUAUGCUUCCCCUGGGAGAUAUUAUCAGGAAUCGUGGAAUAAGUUUCCACUGCUAUGCUGACGAUACACAACUUUAUAUUUCUUCAGAACCUGAUGAGAUUUCACAAUUCUCAAAAUUAGCAGAGUGUAUCAAUGAAAUAAAAGAUUGGAUGGCCAGAAAUUUCCUUCUACUCAAUUCUGACAAAACAGAGGUUCUAAUUAUUGGACCAAAAAAACUCUAAAAAUAAGCCACUAAAAUAUAAUUUGACUCUAGAUGGAUGUACUGUUACAUCAUCUUCAACAGCAAAGAACUUAGGUGUUAUAUUUGAUACCAAUCUGUCCUUUGAAAAUCAAAUUACAAAUGUUUGUAGAACAGCAUUCUUCCACCUAAGAAAUAUUGCUAAAUUAAGGCAUAUGCUCUCGGUUGCUGAUGCCGAAAAACUAAUUCAUGCGUUCAUGACCUCAAGACUAGAUUAUUGUAAUGCAUUACUGGGAGGAUGUCCAGCAAGAUCAAUAAAUAAACUUCAAUUGGUUCAAAAUGCAGCAGCCAGAGUGCUGGCGAGAACCAAGAAAUAUGAUCAUAUUAGCCCCAUUUUAUCAUCGUUACAUUGGCUACCUGUUAAAUUCCGUAUUGAUUUUAAAAUUCUGUUAACUACGUACAAAGCUUUGAAUGGUCUAGCUCCGCAGUACUUAAGUGAUCUUCUAACACGCUAUAUUCCAACACGUUCAUUAAGAUCGCAAAAUUCUGGCUUAUUAAUAGUUCCUAGAAUAUCAAAAUCCACUAAAGGAGGAAGAUCCUUUUCAUAUUUGGCUCCUAAA